AUAUAAAUUAUAGUCACCACCUGCUUUAUAAAGCGACAGCUCUAGAAUGAAAGAAAACAGGACUGGAAUGCAUGAAAAAAGGUCUUCUAUUCCUAAUUACCGACGAACGAGCGUUGUCACAAAUCCCUUUCUUCUCUCGGAAAUUGACGAGGAAAGUUACGACUCGAGUUCCGAACCAAUCUCGAACGCCGACAAAUUACCGAAAACAUCUCAAACAGCACCACUGCUGCAAAAACAGACUAGAGGUGGUGGCGUUAGUUUUAAAUCAGUUGCAAAGGCUAUCACCAAACAGAGAAACUGGUCCACGGUACUGAAGGAAGUACGUCAAUCCGAUGACCAUAGCCGUGCCCGGGGAUUUGUUGCGAAUCUCGAGGACGGAGAAGGAAGAUUGAGUUUCAACGUUAAUGCUUUUAAGUCAGAUGUCCAGUCUUGUGGCGGUUUAUCUCCGGCUGUGAAGAAAACACUGAGAGCCCAGUCUUGGAACAGGACCGAAGAGGAAAUUGAAGUUGUCAUGCAAGUUGUGAAAAAGUUAAAAUGCUUUGCCCGCUAUCCCAUGUACGUCAAAAGAGAACUCGCCAAAGUAGUGUACUACGACAUGUUUGAGGGAGGGAGAGUGGUCAUAAAACAAGGACACGUUGGUAUUUCGUUUUAUUUUAUCGUGUCCGGUUCAGUGAUGGUGGAAAGAAUGGAAGUAGACAAAUUCACUGGUGAACAACAUACACAGGUUGUAGGAGAGAUGGGAGAGGGAGAUGCUUUUGGAGAGCUUGCUUUGCUUCAUAACACAAGGAGGGCAGCCACUAUCAUAUGCAAAGAAAACUCGGAAUUCCUAAGGGUUGACAAGCCUGAUUUCGAUGAGGUUCUGAGAAACAGUCAUCAGAUCGAGUGGGAGAGAAAACUGGCUGUACUAAAUUCUCAACCUGCUCUCCAAGAUUGGGCAAGAACUGAAAUCAGAAACACAAUUGCACACACAAAGAUCAGAGAGUUUUCUCCCAAUACAGUUAUUCUGGGCAAUAUGGAUACACCUGCUGAUGAUGUGUACUUCAUUCAAUCUGGUAAAUGUAGAGUAGUCAGAGAGAUAACAGUGAUCAAGAAAGAAUCUUCCUCUGGCAAAAUCAAACUAACACUGCCACCCAUUAACUUUACUGACAACUACAUCAAGAACAAACCAAAGGAAAGUGUAGUCAGAAAGUUUCUCACCAUACACAUACUAAACAGGGGAGAUUUUUUUGGAGUAGGCGAGGACUUGAAGAAAACUUUUAUUAUCUCAGUUGGAAGGGUACACUGUCUGCUGAUAAGUCGACUCAUCUUCAUGAAAAAGGAAAGAGGAAAAAGCCUGGAGGCCAUGAAACAGCAUAUGAGUGAAACAUUUCUAACACACAAACAGGCAUUCAAGAGUUACAUUGAGGAUAGAGACUGGAAAAUUUAUAAAAAGAAACUUGUUGAUGAAAUUGUGAAGAAGAAAAGAAGGCCAAACUGUUCAACAUACGAUGAUGUUCCAAUUGUUGUGAGAAUUGAAAACAACCACUACUUUGAAAAAUAAUUUAAAUGAAUAAGGUGUUUAUUGCAAAUUCAUGUACAUGCACUUUUAAUGUAUUAACAUUUCACCAUGGUGCACAAGGUUCAAAACUACACAUACAUGACAAGAAUAAAAAAAAAAUAAAUAAAAUUGUAAAUGA